AUUGUUGUUUAUUUCACUCGCUGGCCUGUUAAAUAAUUUGACAAAAAUAAGAGAGCAAUAAUUCAAAAUGCAGGAAAUCGUAGCACCAGUUGACGGCAUCAAGUUCGAAAUAGAAAUAGCACUAGAAUUACAAAAAGGAGCACAGUCGUUACCUUUUCCCGGAAUGGACAGUACGUGUUUACUUUGUUUGCAAAGUGUCUAAAAUUUACUAUUUUCUAGAUACCUGUUUUCGACAACCGAGCCUGCCUUAUAAUUACUUAUUUUUAUUGGUGGGACUACUAUUCAUACUAUCAAUAGCCUAAAUAUUAUCUUUGAUUGGGUUUUCUCACGCUUUAGUUUACCUAGCACAAUUAUUUAUUUACCUAACACUUACUGUAUCAAUUUGUCAAUUAUGGAAUAGGAAUAAUGAAUAAAGUCAUUAAAAUUAAAGUAAAAGUUGAAAGAAAGAGAAGUUAAGAUUUACAGGGGGUUUGGUCUUUCGAAGUUUAUCCUUUGCAACAAAAAAAACAAAGAAAAAAAAAGCAAGAUUUUUUUUUUAAAGUCUGAAGUUCCAACCAACUUUUGUCAGGAACAUUUUUAGUCAUCAUAUAAUUAUAAUAUAACAUAUUCCAUGUCCAUACAAUAAUAAUAAUAAAGUUUAUUUGAAAAACACGCUUCAUCCCCAAAAGCUUGAAGCGCGGUACAAAGUCAACAAUAUUAUAAAGAUAAAUAAAAACAAUCUGAAAUUUACCACAUUUAAAAAACAGACGCAACAAUAUAAAACUACAUACGAGCAUACCAAGUCAAAGUCUUUAUCCCGUUUCAACCAUAAGCAACACAGGCCAAUAUACAUUAACUGAAAAAGAUGGUAGAUAGCAUCACCCCAGAAGGUGUUUGCGAAAUAGAUGUGUUUUUAAAUCGGUUUUAAAGGACUCCAGUGUCUGGCUGUUUCUGAGAGCGACUGGAAGGGCGUUCCAAAUUGUUGGGCCGGCAAAUGCAAAAGUGCGCUUUCCGUAAGUCUCAAGGCGAACACACGGUAUCGAUAUUUUGCCACUAUCGGAUGAGCGGAGCUCUCUAGUGGGUACAUAAGGCGUCAUGAGUGCUUUGAGAUAAGAUGGCGCCAGGUCAUGUAAGCAGCGGUAGCACAAAGUUGCAAUUUUGUACUCUAUGCGAGCGCGGACCGGCAGCCAGUGCAGCUCUCUCAGAAGUGUUUUAGCAUGGUCGAAUUUGCAUUUGCGAAGAACAAUGCGAGCCACAUUAUUCUGUACUCUUUGAUUUUUAUCCAGGAGCGUAGCUGGGAGACCCACCAUGAGAGCAUUUGUACUCUUUGAUUUUUAUCCAGGAGCGUUGCUGGGAGACCCGCCAUGAGAGCAUUGUAGUAGUCCAUACGUGAUAACACAAAUGCAGACAUCAGCCUCUUUGAUGCAUCUAACGUUAAGAAAGGUCUGAUAUGACUAAUCCUGCGCAGCUCUAGGAAAAUUGCCUUGCAAAGCAUAUUAAUAUGAUUUAUCCAUUGUAAGUGUUCUGUCUAAAUAUACACCCAGGUCUCGUACUGUAUGAGCAAACUCAAUCUGCAUACCUGAGAAGAGUAAGUGAUGUUGUGUUUUUUACAGAUAUUUGUUUCUGAGCAGUGGCAAUGGGGAUCAGCUCAGUCUUUUCAUCAUUCAAUUUGAGCUUGUUUAUGGUCAUCCAGUGCUUAACUGACUCCACUGUCUUCUGUGUCAUACUAAGAAGUUGAGGAAACUGAGAGGGGAUCACGGAUUGAUGAAGUUGUGUAUCAUCCAUAAACAUGUGAUACAGCAUGUCAAAUUGCUUGAUCACUGCACCCAGUGGCUGAACGUACAUAGUGAAAAGCAUCGGGCCUAGGAUCGAGCCCUGGGGUACUCCGAAUUCACUGAUAGAUUGCUUCGAGGUCAGACCGUUUGAAAUAACUGACUGGACCCGAUUUGUCAUAUACAAGUGAAACCAUCUCAGGACGGUAUCUGUGAGACCGAACGUUUUUUGCAGACGCUGGAGCAGUAUGUCGUGGUCAAGCGUAUCGAAAGCUGCCGAUAAAUCGAGUAAAGACAAAAUGGAUACCUGGCCCUCAUCACAAGACGACAGAAGAUCGUUUGUGACGCGCAACAGGGCUGUCUCAGUAGAGUGAUGCGCCUUGUAUGCUGACUGGAGAGGUUCAAACAAGUCACAUUGAAUGAGGUGAUCCAGUAGUAAGCGGGGAACGGCUUUUUCUAAGAUUUUGGAUAUAAAUGGUAGAUUUGAGAUGGGGCGAUAAUUUUCCAUCACAUUUGGGUCAAGAUUUGCUUUCUUUAACAGUGGCAUUACUAUUGCCUCUUUAAAAGUUGAUGGAACAAUACCAGUUGUCAAGGACUUACUUAUGAUACGAAUGAUGAUGGGGACUAUUUCAUCCAGACAUUCAUACAACAGCCUUGUUGGAAGAGGGUCGAGUGAGCAUGACUUUCUUGGGGUAUUAGCCAGGAUUUUCCUCACAUUCGAUUCACUGACCUCAACAUGGGGAGAGCUCUUCUUUUGUUAAGGUGUACUUCUUAAAUGAUGAAUUGGUGCUACUAUGCAUUAUGAUUAUGAGGGUGUCUAUGUCCAAAUUGUGUGACUAAUUUGUGAUGAUUACGAAAAGGUGGGGGGGGGGGAAGGUGAUAAAAAAUUGUAUGGGCAUGACAUCAUUAAUGGAUAGCUCAUUAUAAAGAAAAUGUAACAACUGGAUUACAGCCAAAUCAAUAACCUAUUAGUAUAAGUACUAUUUGGCCAAGUUUAUUUUAAAUUCUUUAAGCCUUUUUAAAAUUCACUUAAUUAAUUAUAUAUUAAAAAGUGAGUGUCAGAACACCUGGUAUUUUGUGUGUCUUACAUAUUCAUGUGUUUAAAUUAGCAUCUGAAGAGGUAUUAAUGAGUUUAUAAUUAAAAACAUUAACAUUUCAUAGCUAAUAAAUUUAAAUAAAUGAGAUUUAAUUUACUACACUAAAAUAUGAUAUGAAUAGAAAAUGUAAUUGUACGUUAAUAGUUAUAUUGGCCUAUGUUUAAAACCAAUUUAAAAAAAAGAAUGUAGAGGAAACUGAAAAAUAUAUAAAGGUGUAUUCCAUGGAGCAAUGCACUUUUUUAAACAAAAAUAAAAUGUUUAUUUGACAUGUCAUUUUACACUAUGGCUUAUAUUUUUGUUUUAACUAAUACAAAUUAGCAUUAUUAUCUCAUGAUUCAAUAUCACUUUUUUGUCACAUUUGUGUAUUUACACUUAUUUUGAUACUUUCAGAAUCUGGCGCAGCUAUAUGUACAUAUUAUCUGACCUCAGUAUGUAACAAAGGGGCAGCUUGCCCAUUUAGACACAUUAAAGGUGAUCGAAGUAUUGUUUGUAAACACUGGCUGCGAGGGCUUUGUAAAAAGGGAGAUGACUGUGAAUUUCUGCAUGAAUUUGAUAUGUCAAAAAUGCCAGAGUGCUUCUUCUUUUCCAAAUUUGGUAAGUACCCUAUGGAAUUUUUUAAAAUUUAGAUAUAUGAAUGCCCUAAGGUCCAUAUAAAAGUUUCAAAAGUUUUGUUUUUGAAUUGUCCAUAUUUUUCUAUCUUUCUUUGAUAUUUUUAUAUAUAAUUUUGAAACUUUUUUGCCACUGCCAAAAUUUAUAUUUAUCACCUUGCACAUAAACAGUGUAUUAUUUUAUGGUGUAUCCUUAUAUGGUGUUACCAUUUUCUAGUAUAUUUUUACUAUAAAGUCAGUAAAAAAAAAGUAGCUACAUUUUGUUUUGGAGUAAAUAUUUGAUACCCUUAGAAUUAAACAAUUAUUGAAAUCAUAGACAAAAUAUUUAUGAAAUUCUGGGAUUUAAAGGUUGAAUGUCUUAAAAGGAUCUCAACUGUCAUAAUUUUUUUCAUUCUUAUAAAAUUUAAUUGUGGUUCUCAAAAACCUGUAAUUUGAGUAAUACCACUUUAGCACAUAUAUAUUCAACAAUAUAAUUUCAGGUCAAUGCAGCAAUAAAGAGUGCCCAUUUCUUCACAUUGAUCCACAAAACAAAGUGAGAGACUGUCCAUGGUAUGACAGGGGAUUCUGUAGACAUGGUAAGCUGAGAAUUUUAUACUUACUUGGUCAAUUUAUUUUGCUUGUUUCUGAAAUUGACCCACACCUGCCAUUACAUCCUUUUUUUGCCCUUCCAAAUUUCCACACAUGUCUGUCUUCUGUACCAGAUGGCAGAGUAACACAUACAUUCUUCAACUAAAAUUUACUGCUGCCCCUCUCAAGUAAAACAUUUUUAGGUUAUUUCAUUAAAAAUUUAUGAGUGUUAAAAGUUCAGAAUGACUUUCCAAGCUAAUACAAAGUUCACUAGACUAGCAAGUUGAAACAUACUUUAAAAAUCAAUAUUUGGGCAUCGGUAUACAAUUGUAUCAGCGGGCGAAGUUGACCAUGGUCAUGCUCGAUACAUUGAAAGCCUAAUUUCUUUUUAAAUAAAUAAAAUGUAAAUUUCUAAACAAAGUGAAUGCCCCUUUGAUUAUGUUUGUGAGAUAGUUUACAUCAAAAGUACAUUAAGCUAGACUGGGUCUUGAAUCGAGGAAACUUACUUCAUAUAUGGACUUAAUCCCUUUAUCUUUAAUAAUAUAAUUCUAGUAGAGCAAUAAGUGAUGUUAAAGAUGAUAAUUUAAAAGUUGAUUUCAUUUUGAAUUUUUACAAGUUGUGAAAAUGUAUCUUCAGGACCAAAUUGUAAGAACCGUCAUGUGAGAAGAGUUAUUUGCCAGUGCUAUCUCAAUGGUUUCUGUUUAGAUGGUCCCAACUGUAAAUAUGUUCAGUAAGUGUUUUUUCAAACAAAUUCUAUCAACUUGGUAUUCUCACAGAUUUUUUUAAAAGCAACAUUUCAUAACUUUUAUUUCAAAAGUAGCUUUAAGUAUUUUUGUAAGUUUAAAUAUGAACAAUUUUGUUACCUGUAUCUUAUAAUUUUAUACAUGCAUUUAGAAAUCUGCACAAAGUUUGAGAAAAAAAAAAAUUAAUUUUUUUUUUUAUUUAGUACCGGACACAAAUACAGCUAUAUGGAAUGUCUUUCAUACCUAUGUUGUGUAACUGUACUAUAUAUAAUUUUAUAUAUAUUAGAUAAAUAUAAAGGAGUGGUCCCAACAUCAAAGUGGAUUUUUAAAGGAGGAUGCAGAGCCUGAAUUCUUACCAUAUUUAAAAAAAAAUUAUAUAUCAAAGUGUAACAGUGGUUCAUAAGCCUUUUGAGUAUUGAAAACGGGGCUGUCGUUUCUUAUGGUAGGGGCCACUGACUCAAAAUGGCUCAUAAUGGCUCUGUCAUCAGAUUGAAACUAAUGUCAUUUUUCAUGGGGAAAUAAUAAAAUUUGUAAGAAAUAAUAAAAUUUGAAAGAAAUAAUAACAUUUGUAAGAAAUAAUAACAUUUGUAAGAAAUAAUAAUAUUUGUAAGAAAUAAUAACAUUUGUAAGAAAUAAUAACAUUUGUAAGAAAUAAUAACAAUUGUAAGAAAUAAUAACAUUUUUAAGAAAUAAUAACAUUUUUAAGAAAUAAUAUUUGUAAGAAAUAAUAAUAUUUAAGAAAUAAUAACUUUUGUAAGAAAUAAUAACUAUUGUAAGAAAUAAUAACAUUUGUAAGAAAUAAUAACAUUUGUAAGAAAUAAUAACAAUUGUAAGAAAUAAUAACAAUUGUAAGAAAUAAUAACAUUUGUAAGAAAUAAUAACAUUUUUAAGAAAUAAUAUUUGUAAGAAAUAAUAAUAUUUAAGAAAUAAUAACUUUUGUAAGAAAUAAUAACUAUUGUAAGAAAUAAUAUUUGUAGAGAAAUAAUAAUAUUUGUAAGAAAUAAUAACAUUUGUAAGAAAUAAUAAUAUUUGUAAGAAAUAACAUUUGUAAGAAAUAAUAUUUGUAAGAAAUAAUAACAAUUGUAAACUAUCUGUCAUCAGGCUUUUAUAUUGUUUUUAUUUAGUCCUUCCUUCAAGAUACCAGACCCAGAUCCAAUCUUUGCCCAGAAGAAACAAUCCAUUGUUUGCCACUUAUGUAUGCAGCCAGGGCACAAGGCCAUCCAGUGUCAUGCCGCCAAGCAAGCAGGGGUCAGUCAAACCUGUUAUAUACUUCAUUAGUAAUUGUUAGAAUGUGUCAAUGACAAUUCAGUUGUAAUCUCUUGCUUUUAAUGCUCAAAAAGUUUAAAAUUGGAGUUAUUAAAAAAUAUGUAUGUUGUCAGUGGUAGGACAAUUUGUAUUCAGUGGUGGGCCUAUGGGGGUGUGACGGAACAGGGUCCCAGAUGCAGUGACUAAAUCAAGAAAAACAAACAUUUUUAAUCAUUUCAAUGACACAAUUAGGACAUGUCACACCACCUAGAACUUUUCUUAGGACCACCACUGCUUGGAAUAUAAGAUAAAUUAUUGUUGAAAACUAACAAGCCCCUCAGAAGCUGAAAUUGUCUUUAGCCUACCAAGUUUCCUUUCUAAUUUAUAUUCCCUCUGGCAAGGAACAGGUGUGAAAUUACUAGUUUAGGUAUAGGGUACAUUUGGUUGAUAUAGAUUUAAGAUAUUGAAUUAGCCACUGCAGUCUCCAUUUAUUUGUUGAAAGAUUAAUCUCUUCUAUCCUUAUUAUGAAAUGCUACUAUGAGAGCAUUUUUCAAUAUAAUAAUAUCUUGAGGUACGCAUGGUCUGCACUGAAUCACUCCAAAAUGUUACAAUGUGUCAAAAUUGUAACUUGUUUUUUCUCUAAUAUUUUCCAGUCCCUGGAUGACCCCUCAGUUCAACUUCAGUAUCAGGUAGCCCAACAAAAUCACAUUCAACAUCAGCAGCAGCAUCAACACCAACAGACAAAUCAGAUGCCACAGCAGAGAGAGCGAAGACCAUUAGAUCAGAUCACAUGCUUUAAAGUAAUUAUGUUCACUCUAGUUUACAGUUAAUUUUUAUUAAUUUAUUGGCUUUUAACAUGUUUUUUGUAGAAGCUAUGAAAAUAUAUUUUACAUGUUCAAGGUUUAAUUAAGUUUAUUGUUUUAAAACAUACCUAUUGCUACUUACAAUACAAAUACCUCGAUGAAGACAUUUGAGAUACCUUUUUUAUUUUAUUUAACCAUCCAUGUCUUGAUUUAAUAGUUUAUUCUUUUAAUACUAUAUAAUAUAACCAGAAUUAAUUAAAAAUAAAAAUCUCAAUAAAUCCAUUUUUAUCUUCUACUAUGACACUUUGAUGUAAAUUCUUUAUUUCAUAUUUAGUGAAAAUUGAGACAGAUCCAGAAUACUGUCAUUAGCAUUGCUUAGUAAAGUUAAUAUCAAACAUACUUUUUGACAGAUUUGGUUCAUCUAUUUGUAAUUAUAAAUAUUUGUAUUUACAAAUAACACCUCUCAUUUUACAUUUAAUCAUCUUCUUUACUCUUGCAGUGUGGAGAAAAGGGUCAUUUUGCAAACAGAUGUCCCAAGGGUCACUUAGCCUUCCUGUCUGCUGCUAACUACGCUGCUAAUAAUCAGAGUUCUGGAAAUGUUGCAUAGUUAUAUAUAAAAAAAUGAACAUAAAUCUUCAAUGUUAUUGGCAAGUUUUAGUAAAUCUCAGAGAAGUAUUUGUUACAGUACCGCUGACAGGUCUGUUGCUGUUGUUAAAAUAGUUGACAAGGUUUUACUCUAGUCCACAUUGUACACUAGAGACAAAAAAAUCACCAAAUAAUCUGAGAAACAACAGUAAAACAAAUAUGGUGCUUAGAAUAUCUUUGACAAUUUUCACUGCUAUUAUACAGACUUGUCCUUUACCCUCUUAAAAAAAAUGAUUGAACAAAGUGCAUGAAAGUAUAAAUCAAAUGAGGAAAUUUUCUAAGAAUAUUUGUUCAGAAAAUUGGUUUUGAACACAUAUUAAAAAAAGUUAUUAUUUCUUAUUUUGGAUACAAAAUUAAAUACUGGUAAUCAUUUCAGAAGAGUUAACUGAGUGUUCUCCCUUAGUGUUAAAGUCCUGACAUACUUACAGUUAAGCCAAUAAUUAUUAAUUUUGAUAAUAAUAUCAACAAUAUAUCAAUGAUAUAGCAUCAGUUUUACUAAUAUUGGGGUGAAUUCAACAUAAAUCUGAAAGCCUUAAAUUAUAUUCAGAUUUCUUAGGGUAAAAAAAAAAAUUUUGCUCCUUUUAAAAAAAAAAUAAAUAUUUUCCUCACUUAUGGUAAUGGAAAGUACCCGGUACCAUAAUAAUUAAUGGAGAGAUAUUUCAUGUCAUAGAAUUCUAAGAUCUUAUCCCUGCAUAGUUCCAACAUAACCCAAUUGGCUAUUGGAUCAAAAUAAUUCGUAGUCAUUGUUAAUGUCUAAGUUUUAAAAUGACAACAAUUGAAUAUUAUUUGUCUGAAUUUAAAUGACUUAAUUUAAAAUAACCAAAAGAAGUUGGUCAGUGAAUCAGUAUAUCUUAUUUUAAAAAUCUAGAUAUCUUUGAAUAAGCUUAAUGCUAUCACUUCUAAGAUCACCAAUUCUAGUUAUUGCUUGAUUUAUUUGUUGAGUGGCUACCGUUUUCUGUUGCUACGCUUUGAUUUCUACUUUGUUUAUGUAGCCAUACUAUCCAGAAGUGGAUACAGGCAGUACCUGGGCAGGAAGCCUUGAUAUGGGUUUUGGAACACCUCUCGAUUAUAUAGAGCUGGGCUGCACAACAUACGGCCCGCGGGCCGCACAUGGCCCGUCAACACCCACUUGCCGGCCGGCAAAGUAACGAAAUAUUUUGCAUUAUUAUUAUUUUCUUAAUAGCUUCCCCCCUUGUCCAUCAUCUUUCGGCCAGCAAAAGAUUUUCAUAAAGUAUUACGGCCCGCACAAGUUUUUCAUAAAGUAUUACGGCCCACCUUACAUUUGGAGUUGUGCAGGCCUGAUGUAGAGGGUGUGAAUAUUUUAAAACAUACAUCUAACCUCUGUUAAUAUUUUUUGUUUGACACACCCCUCCACAUCCUCCAAUUUUUGUUGUCUGGUUUGGUCACUGCUUAUACCAUAAUGUUCUGAGCAUAGGCCGCUACUGAUUAUAAACCGCAUCUUUAUAGUAUGGGAUUAUUUUAAAUUAUUAUGUUGUUGUUGCAACAUCCAGAUUUUAGGGCGCACUCCUUAUUUAAAGACUUACAUAUACUCUGAACAAUGCGGUUAUUGGAGGUUGUUUUUUUUUGUGGAUGGGGGGUAUUGUUAUUUAAUAAAGUAGGCCUAAAAAUUUUAUUUGAAAUAUUUUUAAAACACCUUUUCCAAAAGUCCAUAUUUCUGAUUACAACGCAUUUUGUUUUCUCUAACAACACAUUUCACUUAACUGUGUGCGAAUUUUAUGUAUAGGACCAGAACUUUGUUUUGACAUAGUGAAUGGGUAGAAUGCUACAUGUGAAUAUGUAUUAGCAUUUUCCUAACCUUACCUUUAGUGAUACAUGUGAAUAUGUAUUGGCAUAAAUGAGUGUUUGGUUUGACAAGUAGUUCAGUGAAAAUGGUUCCUGUACUCACUGCAAAGUAAUGUAAAUAUCAUUUGUCAUGUACAUAGGCACUUGAGGGCUGAAUGUGUUCAUCAGCAGUUUGGACAUGAUUUUGGAAAGUUGAAUGUGUAGUACAUAUGCACAAUGGCAAUUUUGUAUGUAAAUUUAUCAGGUUUUUUAAGUUUAAAGAUUGCUGGAAUGUGUGUAUCAAAUGUUGCAGGCAAAUUUAGUGAAUUUUAAGUGAUAUUUGGGACAUUUUUAUUGUAAAAUACAUUUAUUGGAAAACCCAAUUGUUAAGAAAUAAUUUGUUGAUAAUACAAUAAAUGUUCUUCCUGUUUCUGACAUA